UAGAAGCAGUGGUUUCAUUCGUCUCGCUUAGGUCAAAUGUUCGACAACUCCUUUCUGUCGCUAUUUCUUUACCAACUUCACUCCAAAAACGUCUCCUCCAUUUGGUGUGAAAUGAACCGAUCAAAGUCCGCAACUCACUGAAUGUCGAAAAAGCAAAUCAAAUAGAAAUACUCUCCCAAAAUAUUCUUAUACAAAUCUCUUGGUUUCUGAAAAUUGUCAUUUUUUUUUUAAUUUUUUUUUUCUGAUGGGUCGUGGGCUCGUGGUCUUCAGGUCUAAUCUCUACCCAUAAUUGCAAAUAGACAUCGAAAGAUUUUGUUUUUAUUAGAUUUUUAUUAUUAGAAUAGUGAAAGCUUUUUCUUAAUUAAUGGUGAAGAAGACACUCGUUUGAGCUUUUGGUUGAGGGCUUCCCCUGAAACCCGCUUUUAAUUCUUGUAGUCUUUUCUUUAUUUUGCAAGUUUUUUUUUUUAAUCUUCCUCUCUCUCUCUCUCUUCCCCUGAAGUUCUGGGAAUUUGACGAUCGGGAUCUGAGAACUGAGAUUAGUUCAGUUAAGUUUGAUUCCAAAAAGUCGAUCUCAUAGUUUGGAUGUUAUUCUAAGGGAGAAGUGUUUGUGGUAAUGGAAUUGAACAGCCCAGUUGUUCUAGAAGAAACCCAAUUGAAAUUCAAAAGAAGUUGUAUUCUACCGUUAAAUUCAGCAGUAGUGUUGUUGGGUUCCUUCACUUUUGCACGACAGUAGUACUUCUUUUGGAUAUGACGGCAUGGAGUUCAAGAAGGAGAAGCUUGUGAGGUUUUAUCCUGAUGGGAAGCAACAAAACCCUGAGUUUCUCUGGGAAAAAGGCGAUUCUCAGCGCCUUGAGAAAGCGGUGCCAUUGUACAGGGUUUCAACUCCUCUGCUGAAACCGGAUGGUGGAGGUGGGGGCAGGAGUAGAGUUGGUGGGGUUUUGAGUUUAGGGAGGUCUAAAGUCUUUCCAGAGGACCAUGAGCCAUGGAGGAAGAGGAUACUUGACCCAGGCAGCGAGAUUGUGUUGCAGUGGAACCGGGUUUUUCUUAUCUCCUGCUUGUUAGCACUAUUUGUUGAUCCAUUGUAUUUUUACUUGCCUUCAGUUGGGGGCAAUGGUAGCUCAUGUAUAAAGACGGAUUUGAACCUGAGCAUUGUUGUGACCUGUUUCCGGACUGUAGCUGAUCUGUUUUAUCUGCUGCACAUGAUUAUUAAGUUUCGAACGGCAUAUGUAGCACCUAGCUCUCGGGUGUUCGGGAGGGGUGAACUUGUCAUGGAUUCUAAGAAGAUUGCAAGGAGAUACUUAAAAUCAGAUUUCUUCAUAGAUCUGGCAGCGACAUUGCCUCUUCCUCAAAUCGUCAUUUGGUUUAUCAUACCAGCAAUUAGAAGCUCUCAUGCUGAUCAUAACAACAAUGCUCUAGCACUGAUUGUACUUAUCCAAUAUGUACCCAGAUUGUAUCUAAUUUUCCCAUUAAGUUCUCAGAUCAUUAAGGCUACUGGAGUUGUAACAAAGACUGCUUGGGCUGGGGCUGCAUAUAAUCUGCUGCUGUACAUGAUAGCUAGUCAUGUGCUAGGGGCAUCAUGGUAUUUACUAUCAAUUGAACGGCAUACAGCCUGCUGGAAAUCAGAAUGCAAAAAAGAAACUGCGCCUAUGUUUUGUAGCCUUAAUUAUUUAGACUGUAGUUCUUUGGACAAUGACAAGCGCAAAGUUUGGGCAAACAGUACAAAUGUGUUUAGUAAUUGUAAUCCUUCUCAAGACAUCAGUUUCAAAUAUGGCAUAUUUGAAAAAGCAGUGACUAACAGUGUUGUUUCUUCAAAGUUCCUUGAGAAAUACUUCUAUUGCUUGUGGUGGGGCUUGCAAAAUUUAAGUUCAUAUGGGCAGAAUUUGCAAACAAGCACAUUUAUUGGGGAGACUUCAUUUGCCAUACUCAUUGCCAUUAUGGGUCUGGUCUUAUUUGCCCAUCUGAUUGGCAACAUGCAGACCUACUUGCAAUCUCUCACUGUGAGGCUUGAGGAGUGGAGGCUUAAACGGAGGGACACUGAGGAAUGGAUGAGACAUCGCCAACUCCCUCAAGAUUUGCGAGAACGUGUUCGGCGAUUUGUUCAAUAUAAGUGGCUUGCAACACGAGGAGUAGAUGAAGAAGCCAUUUUGCAUGCCUUGCCUACUGAUCUUCGCCGAGAUAUCAAACGCCACUUAUGCUUGGACCUUGUUCGACGUGUCCCAUUUUUUUCACAGAUGGAUGACCAGUUACUUGAUGCUAUAUGUGAGCGCCUGGUGUCCUCUUUGAGCACUGAAGGCACCUACAUUGUUCGUGAGGGUGACCCUGUAACAGAGAUGCUUUUUAUCAUCAGGGGGAGGCUAGAGAGCUCUACUACCAAUGGGGGCAGAACUGGUUUCUUCAAUUCAAUUACUUUGAGACCAGGUGAUUUUUGUGGGGAGGAGCUGCUUGCAUGGGCAUUGCUUCCAAAAUCUAGUGUCAACUUGCCUUCUUCCACAAGGACAGUAAGAGUCCUUUUUGAAGUGGAAGCAUUUGCUUUGCGAGCAGAAGAUCUGAAGUUUGUAGCCAACCAGUUCAGGCGCCUUCACAGUAAGAAGCUGCAGCACACUUUCCGGUUCUACUCUCAUCAUUGGAGGACUUGGGCAGCUUGCUUCAUACAAGCUGCUUGGCGUCGAUACAAGAAGAGGAUGAUGGCAAAGGACCUUACCAUGCAGGAAUCAUUCUCUUAUCCUUUGGAUGAGCAUGCACCUGAUGAGGCAGCUGGGCAAAAGGGAGAGGACCAUGCAGCUGGCUCAGGAAACCUUUCUCAAGUUAAACAAAACCUAGGAGUCACAAUAUUAGCAUCACGGUUUGCUGCAAACACAAAGAGGGGAGCUCAAAAGAUCAAGGCAGUUGAGAUGCCCAAGUUACAGAAGCCAGAAGAACCUGAUUUCUCUACUGAGGCUGAUGAUGAUUAAUUACCUUAAAGAGCUACGUACAGUCAUGGUCGUAGUUGCGUAGGGUAACUUGCGUUAGUCUAUGAGGCAGGAUCCAACUUCCCAAAAGGUUUUGAUUGGGUAAAGUGGGCACAAGUUUCAGUCAUCAAAGGCAUGCCGAAGUUCUUUGGUGCCAAAGGGGAAGCAGUUUUUUAAUAUCCACUGUCUGAUACACUUGUUGUGCCUAUUUGUAGUUAUUGUCAGGCAUCAUCUGUCCUGGGUUUUACAAUUUACAAGAAAGGUUUCAUUCAAAACCCUAAUCCUAAGUUCCUAACCCUCCUUGAUAUUAUCGGUUUUACAGGCAGUACAAUCUUUUUAGUGGCUUAGUCUUUGAUCAGCUGUCUAUACUAAUUUUGGUUUCUUUGCU